UGGGGCAGUUCUGCUCUAUCCUGUAGGGUUGCUAUGAGUCAGAAUCGACUCGAUGGCAACUUUUUUUUUUAUCAUUAAUUAUCAUUAGGUGGUUUUUCUCUCUACUUAGUGUAGAUUUGGAAUCAUGUCAAGAGGUAUUUGUCUAUUGUGAGAUUUUACUCUUAUUGGAAUGUCAUGAGUAGUUGCAAUACUUUGAGAAGAUCCAAAUGGAUGUGUAGUGUGUUUUCUAAGCCUCAUCUUAAUCUGCAGUCUUUAUGAGCUGGGAUCUUCUUUUUUAAUGAUACCCUGCCUUGGUUUUAGUCAUUAAACGUGAGGAAGUACCAUAGUAUAGCAAAGUAUGUGUACCUACUCUGUGUUGCGAGAGCUCGUUGGAAGGGCACUAUCCCUAACUCUUGGCAGACCAGGAAAGGCUUCCUGGAGAAAGGAAAGGAUGGUCCUGGGGAGCCAGUUGAAAAGAUGCAAACACUGGGCACCUGCUGCCUAGAAUGCCUUUCCUGUUUUCUUACCUGGCUCCCUCUCAUGGCAUUCAGGUCUCUGUGCAGAGUCCUUUCCUAACCACAUAUUUAAAAUAGCAUCCCCAGGUGCUCAUGAUCCUCUUACCCUGUUCUUGUCUUCAGAGCAUUUAUAACCACCUGACAUAUAUGUGUUCAUUUUUGCUUAUAUCCCUGUCUUGGAUGUUAGCUCCACCAAGGCAGAGAUUUUAUCUGUUUUGUUCACUGAUGUUUCCCUCCUGCUUAGAACAGAGCCUGACAGAUAGUAGUCAUGCAGUAAAUAUGUGUCUUUAAAUUAAAUGUUUUUUAAGCUAAUGAAAAUGAGAACGUGCUCCAGGCAGAGGAAGGAGCCUGGGCAGCAGUAUGGCAGGUCUAGGAGAUUAUGGCCUACCAGUAAGCAGGUCUCUGUGAGCUGCUUGAGAGGUCUUCGUGGAUCAUUAGGAGAAGUGUAGGCUGAAAGAGGUUAAGGAAAGGAUAGAGACUAGAUCUGAGGGACAAGACUGGGGGUGGUAGAAAAGGUUGAACCACAGAAACUGGAGAUUCACCCUGCUACCCGAGAAGUGCUUCUGUGAGAACGCUCCAUUUCCUGAGUAUUAGGGUUAAUCAGGAGUCCCUCAGUGGUGCGACAGUAAAGUGCUAAGCUGCCAAUUGAAAGGUUGACAGUUCAGGUCUACCUGGAAGUGCCUUGGAAGAAAGUCCUGGCUCUUUACCUCCAAAGUAUCAGCCAUUGAAAAUCCUAUGGAGCACAAUUCUACUCUGAUACACAUGGGGUCACAAUGCGUUGAAAUCUACUCAGUGCAACCAACAUCAAGGGUUAAUCAAGAUUUUAGUAUAUUUUGUUCUUUGAAAAAUUAGCAGCAUUAAUUACCCUGACGUGUUUUGGCAUUUGACACGAAGAAAUGUACCUUUGUUCUGUUCUAACACUGGCAUCUCUUUUCUCCUUCCAGUUCUCCUUCAAUAUGUUUGACCACCCAAUUCCCCGGGUCUUCCAGAACCGCUUCUCCACCCAGUACCGCUGCUUUUCUGUGUCCAUGCUAGCAGGGCCUAAUGACAGGUCAGAUGUGGAGAAAGGAGGGAAGAUAAUCAUGCCACCAUCUGCCCUCGAUCAACUCAGCCGACUUAACAUUACCUAUCCCAUGCUGUUCAAACUGACCAAUAAGAAUUCGGACCGCAUGACGCACUGCGGUGUGCUGGAGUUUGUGGCAGAUGAGGGCAUCUGCUACCUCCCCCACUGGAUGAUGCAGAAUUUGCUGUUGGAAGAAGGGGGCCUGGUUCAGGUGGAGAGUGUCAACCUUCAAGUGGCCACAUACUCCAAAUUCCAGCCUCAGAGUCCUGACUUCCUGGACAUCACCAACCCCAAAGCAGUAUUAGAAAAUGCACUGAGAAACUUUGCCUGUCUGACCACCGGGGACGUGAUUGCCAUCAACUACAAUGAGAAGAUCUAUGAACUGCGGGUGAUGGAGACCAAACCUGACAAAGCUGUGUCCAUCAUUGAGUGUGACAUGAACGUAGACUUUGAUGCUCCCUUGGGCUACAAAGAACCCGAAAGACAAGUCCCACACGAGGAGUCGACAGACAGCGAAGCUGACCACAGUGGCUAUGCUGGAGAGCUGGGCUUCCGUGCCUUCUCCGGCUCUGGAAAUAGACUGGACGGAAAGAAGAAAGGCGUAGAGCCCAGCCCCUCCCCAAUCAAGCCUGGAGACAUUAAAAGAGGAAUUCCCAAUUAUGAAUUUAAACUUGGUAAAAUCACUUUCAUCAGGAAUUCACGUCCACUGGUCAAAAAGGUUGAAGAGGAUGAAGCUGGAGGCAGAUUCGUCGCAUUUUCUGGAGAAGGACAGUCAUUGCGUAAAAAGGGAAGAAAGCCAUAAGUCGGGGCUGUUGCCUGAUUGGAAAAUAAAAUAAUCAAUUGCAACAUAUUGGCUUUUAGUUACUGGCUCUGACAGGGAUGAGACUAGCAUCAGAGAACGCUCUGUUACUUAAGAUUUGUUUAGAGUUAACCUAGAAUUAUCAAGUUGGACCUGGAAAUGGAACAGCAGGACUUCAUAGUUGUGCGCUUGAUAUUGGGAAAGAGAAAGAACUUGCCUGUGAGUUCCGGUAGUCAGCCACCUCCUUGCCACUCUAUGCUCAGCCCUCCAGGGGCUGCCACUGGCUCAGGGAGAUCAGCGUUCCCUCAUUCCUGAUAAAGCCAGUGGAGGGAUUGCCUUGCUCUAAAUUGACAUGUUCUGGUUUUUUUUUUUUUUUUU